AUGCCAGGAUUCUCCACCAACUUGAUCCACGGAGCUAACCACCUAAACAGGGUGCCGGAUGUCGCUCCACCUAUUAACGUUUCCACAACUUUCAGAUACGACAAUGAUCCUGAAAAAUUGGUCAAAUUGGCCGAUAAGGAGCUAUUCGAUAUUUUGGGAACUCCUUAUUACUCCAGGCUCUCUCACCCAAAUUCAGAACAGGUAGAAGCUUCUGUUGCUUCUAUUACUGGAGGAUAUGUAGUUGCCUAUUCCUCGGGACUUGGAGCUUUCUAUGCUUCUUUGACCCAUUUCAAUCCAAAGGUCUUAGCUAUUGGAAAAGGCUACCAUGGCUGUCACGGUAUUGCUAAUAUAUGGACUCGUAACUACGGACUCAAACAAAUCGACUUGGAUGAUGAUUUCAGCCAAUUGGGAAAAGGGGAUGUAGUUCAUUUGGAAACCCCAGUAAAUCCCGAAGGUGUCAACUUCAACAUACAGUAUUACGCCGAUAAGGCUCAUGCCAGAGGUGCUUACUUGGUAGUAGAUGCCACUUUCGCACCUCCUCCCCUUCAAGAUCCAUUUGAUUUUGGUGCUGACUUAGUUAUGCACUCAGCUACUAAGUUUUUUGGGGGACACAGCGAUUUGUUGGCUGGAUUUUUGAUUACAAAGUCCAAGGAAGUCAGAGACAAGUUGGUCUACGACAGAUUGCUUCUUGGAACCAAUAUCGCCAACUUGGAAAGUUGGAUGUUACUCAGAAGUAUCCGUACCUUGGAGUUGAGAGUGUUGAAACAAUCGGAGAAUGCAACAAAGUUGGUGAAAUUCUUGGUGGAUAACCAAGACAAAUUCCCUGAUUUGGUUAAAGUGUACCACGGUUCACUUCAGAAGGACGAUUAUAUCAAAAAGCAGAUGCCUAGGGGUCACUCCCCCGUGUUUUCUAUCGAAGUUUCCUCCGAACAAUUCGCCAAAAGCUUGCCAUCUAAGUUGAAGUAUUUCCAUCAUGCUACUUCGUUAGGUGGGGUAGAAAGUUUGAUCGAAUGGAGAGCCAUGAGCGACGACAAGGUAUCAGUCACGUUAUUGAGAGUUAGUAUCGGUAUUGAGAAUGUCGAAGACUUGAUGGAAGAUUUUGCAGCCGCUUUUGGCGUACCCGACUUAAGUAAGUUGUCUAUAGAUGCUUGA